ACGAUCUAAGAGAAACAUCGGGAAAACUCAAAAUGCUUUAUUGUUUUAUGUAAACAUUUAGCAAAUGUAGUGUAAGAUUUGUUGUGAGAUCAAUGUGAAUAAAGGUUUCUCUUUUGCUGCUGUGUGAUAUUUUUGUGACAAAAUGGAUUUUCUAAGUCUUCCAGUCGUUGUGAUUGAAAAUAUACUAACGUAUCUUUCUUACGAUGAAAUUGCUAGGAACAGGCUGGUAUCAAAAGCCUUCAAUGAUAUAUGUAUGCGUAUGUUAAACCGAGGCUUCCUCAUGAUAGAGAGGAGACAUGCCUUGGCUUUAAAGAGUGUGAAGGCGCAACUACCACGGCGUGAAUCGGAGCGCAGAUAUCAUCCAUUGGCACGACACUGUGAUAUUUUGACAUCAAUUGAAACAAGGAUUUCAAUGCUCAAUAUGACAUAUUCAAAAUUUAUUGACAGUGGUAUCUGCUGCUUCAUACCAGGAAAGGUGAUAGAUGAAAUCCGACGCGUGUUAAGCAUAGUGGAGACAUCGAAAACGCCGCCGCGUGCGCACGAAGUGUUGCAAGAGUUGCGCGAUAUAUCCAGUAUGGCGAUUGAACAUUUUGAUGAUAAAAUAUCGCCCGCGUUCCGAAAGAGGUUGCAAGAGGGUGUUGCCAUGCCGCCGCCUAGACCGUCGCAAGGAGUUUUGGCGCCAAUAGCAAUGCGACAAGAAAUAUUACACCUUCGGCGUCGAUCCAUAUUAAACGCUAAGCUUUCGCUAUACUUAGCGUCACAAUACAAAAAGUUUUAUAAACGGAUGGUCGAGUAUAAACGCAUUGCCUGGCGACAGAGGAAAACGAUUCGCAACAUGAACAAACGCCAGCGCGAUCAGGAUUCGGCUAUUGCCGAUUUAAAGAAGCGGAUCGAAGAAUGCGAUAUAAAGUACAGCGAAUUAACGCACACCAACCAAGCGGUUGGCGGGAAAGUUAUAGCCGCCGCAGCGGCGACAGAAGGUACGUCAUCUGCGCAACCGUUGCGACAUUUCGGGAGUCAAAUCAAAUUGGAUCUAUCCGUUUUGCCGAUCGGCACGUCCAAACGGACAUCAAAUAAAUUGUUGCCAAAUAUCAAACCGCGGAAACCUCUCAUCAAACUGCCAAGUCUGUCGGAGGAUGUUAGUGAUAAGGCGGAAUCGAACCCACUGCCAUCGACUUCGAAUCAGAGUCCGAGACAGAAAACGCAAUGCACUAUGGCCAAAAUACGAGGCAUAACGAACGAAAUAAGGCACCUGAGCAAUCUAUCGAAAAGCUUCGAAGGUAAAUUGAAACGCCCGCCAAAUUCGAAUUUGGAAGAGACGGAAUGCAAAAAGCAAAAGCUCGAUUAGUUGUCUGUGCUUGAUAUUGUCUAUGGUCGAUGGUCGAUUGUGGCUGCGCGGAAUAGUUUUAGUUGUCUAUAGUCAUUUGACGUUUGUAUUAACUCUGCUUGCGCUGAGUGGAUCCUAGGCCGGGCAAAAAUGUAUAGAAAUCAAUAUAAUAACAACAUGUCCAUUUUCAUUUGUAUAGAAUAUAUUAUAAUAGAAAUAUACAAUUAAUCGAAACCCAGUUAUUUGUAAGAUGUUUAUUAGGUCCGUAAUUUCUAAUCACUCAGUUAAUAUAAGUCGUUUAGUUUAUCUUUUAUGUAUAUAUGUGCUCAAACUUGCAUGACAUGCGAAUUAUGGUGACCCAUACGGAUGAGAAAUUAAAAAUAUCAAUUCUAAUUGGUACAGAGGAAAAAUCUAAAACCUUCUCUUGUUUUCUAUUGAUUUCUUUAUAGAAAAUUAUCGUAUUCAUACAUUUUAAUAUUUAAUUUUUAUCGUUAAUGUAGAGUAAUAUGUAAUUUACACAAUGUUCUUAGCCAAAAGGCCUAGAGGCGAUGUCCGCCUCCUCGAUACAGUUGUAAACGUGUGAGCAUAGAACCGAGGCGACCUGGGUUCGAUUCCCGGCGGACACUCUACACACCACAAAAAAAAAUUAGCAAAAAAAAACUAUGUGACAGAGGGUUGAGCCUAUUUGUUCGUAAAGAAAAUCGAUCAGUGAAACCGAUUAUCUCAACGAUCUGCCUUAUACCCUACAAGGGGACUUCACAUGAUAUUUAAUAAAUUGUUAGGAUAUUAUACAAAUUGCGCUCACAGUCACAUUUGGUAAGUUUAAAUUUAUAAAUUAAUGCUUAAAUUAUAAUACUUGUGUAUAUUUCCUCCCAUUUUUUCCGCACAUAAUAUUUCUUGCGGAGCUUCUCGCUUCUGACUUCUGUUGUUAUCUGUGAUCACCCAUUAAAACAUUUUAUUUGUAAUAACAUAAGAAUAAGGGAAAAUAAAAAAGGAGUAAGUAGGUAAAUAAUACUUUUCUCAGCAUAAGAAGGUUUUGGUAUUUUUCACGUAAACGGGUCUUAUUUUGUGUUCAAAAUUACUCAUAAGUCUUAUAUCGAUUAAUAAACUGUAAAAGCAAUAAUUAACUUUUGAUUAUAGACAAUUAAGAUCCUAUUUUAUAUGGGGCAAUGGAAAGUUUAAAAAAAGAACGGAACUCGGAAGAUUUAAAUGUAGAAUUUGUUUUAAUAAGAUUAAGGCUUAAAAAUAGUCUGUAAAUGAUGACAGUAAUUAGUAAUUAGACACUUACAUUGUGUACCAUCUUCUAUUUCUACUUAUUUGUUUAAUCAAUGCAAUUGAACACUUUACGUAUACAUGGAAUACAUUUUAUUUGAUUAAAUAAUGAAGAUAUGAUUAUUUAUUAACAUAGUUAUUUGGUCAAAUUUACAAAAUAAAUGGUAUGCAUAUUAUAAAUUUCUAAAACCUUAAUUGAAAACCACAAAAUGGGAUCUUCUUUAUCUAUAUCAUCUUAUAGUUUGUCUGUAAUCUUUAAUCCGCCUAUGUAUCGCUAGUUUCAAUAUUCUCAUACAAAUUCAUAAACAUUUUUGCGGUCUCUUAUCUUACUGGGUCCUUAUAAAUGUCACAAAAUAUCACAGUCUAAUUUAAAGCAAUAGCAAUUUUAAAUUGUCUAAAUCUUUCAUUUUUAGUUUGUAGGGGCUAUAUCAAUUCGGCUGUAUCUUUUUUGCGUAGAUUUUGACUGGGUGAAUUGAAUGAGUCUUUUUAAUUGGAAGCUGGUUCCUCCUGUGUCCCCUUUAAAUUUGGCCUUGUUCUAAUAAAUUGAAGAUCGUUCAGUUUUUUAAUAGUUAUAUUAGAAUAAAAAAUGUUUAUGAAUUUAAAAUAUAGCCUAUAUAUUUAAUGGCUUUUAUAAUGUCAUUUAAUUAGGGCUUAUGCAAAGGGGACGUAAGAAAACUUAGAAUAAUAUGUUAAAUUGAUUGACAGCUAUUUAUUUAUAGUAUUACGGCCGAAUAUACACUUAUUUGAUAAGGGGGGUUACCGUGAUGUAUUAAAGCAGAAUUAAUUCCAUUGUUGGUAAAAGACAGAGCUUGCUAAAGGUCGUCUAGCGCAACACUUUCCCACACUGGAAUUAGUAAUGCUUUAAGAAGUCAUGAUAACCUCCGGGACGUUGUCACAUUUGAAUUGCGUAAUUUCGUAUCUUGUGAUAGAUAGGAUUUAUUUGACAGUUUUGAAAUAUUCUGUGAUUUUUUUGUAAUCUUACACUUUACAUAGAUAUUGAAAAGAACGCCAUCUAUUGGAAGUAUGUGUGCAAUUUUAAUUGACCAUUUGCGUAGGCCUUAAGAAUUUAAAUGUAUAUCAAAAUAUUUAUAUUUGUAGUAUUCCAAGAUUGUAAACGAGUUAGUGCGUGUUGUACGCAGUACGGCGUAGGUGUAAAUAUGCAUUGAUUGAAUAAAAGUAUAUGAAAAUUUA